CUCCCGCCCGGCGGCAAAGACCCGGUCCACCCCGGCGCGGGCAGCGCUCUGGGGCCAUGGACAUAGCCUCAGGCCGGAGGUAAGGAGGCCAGGAGGGAUCCCGGAUCCGCCGGCCUGGGAAUUUCCGUCCUCUCUGCCAAGUCCGGAUGCCCCCGCCAAAGUCUCAGCAGCAAGCCUCAGAGGGAGGGAGCCGUCAGCCAGGCGCAACUGAGAACAACAGCACCAUGACCACCACCAGUCACCAGCCUCAAGACAGAUACAAAGCUGUCUGGCUUAUCUUCUUCAUGCUGGGCUUGGGGACACUGCUCCCCUGGAAUUUUUUCAUGACAGCCACUAAGUAUUUCACAAACCGCCUGGACAUGUCUCAGAAUGUGUCCUUGAAUGCUGCUGUAUUGAGCAAGGACAUACAGGACCCAGCUGUCCCCACAGCACCCUUACCAGAACAGAGGUCUCUCAGUGCCAUCUUCAACAAUGUCAUGACCUUGUGUGCCAUGCUGCCACUGCUGCUCUUCUCCUGCCUUAACUCCUUCUUGCAUCAGAGGAUCCCCCAGUCUGUACGGAUCCUAGGCAGCCUAGUGGCCAUCCUGCUGGUAUUCCUGGUCACUGCCAUCCUGGUGAAGGUGCAGCUGGAUGCUCUGCCCUUCUUCGUCUUCACCAUGAUCAAGAUCAUACUCAUUAAUUCAUUUGGCGCCAUCCUGCAGGGCAGCCUGUUCGGUCUGGCUGGCCUCCUGCCCGCCAACUACACAGCCCCCAUCAUGAGUGGCCAGGGCCUGGCAGGCCUCUUCGCCUCAGUGGCCAUGAUCUGCGCCAUUGCCAGUGGCUCAGAGCUGUCAGAAAGUGCCUUUGGCUAUUUUAUCACAGCCUGUGUGGUUGUCAUUUUGGCCAUCGUCUGUUACCUGGCUCUGCCCAGGCUGGAGUUCUACCGCUACUACCAGCAGCUCAAGCUUGAGGGGCCUGGGGAGCAGGAAACCAAGUUGGACCUCAUCAGUAAAGGAGAGGAGCCAAGAGCGAGCAAAGAGGAGUCCGGGGUCUCAACCCCCAAUUCUCAGGCUACCAGCAGAAACCCCUCUAUUAGAGCCAUCCUCAAAAAUAUCUCAGUCCUGGCCCUCUCUGUCUGCUUCAACUUCACGGUCACCAUUGGAUUAUUCCCUGCUGUGACUGCUGAGGUCAAAUCCAGCAUCGCAGGCACCAGCGCCUGGGGAGAUUACUUCAUUCCUGUGUCCUGUUUCUUGACUUUUAAUAUCUUUGACUGGUUGGGCCGGAGCCUCACAGCUGUUUUCAUGUGGCCUGGGAAGGACAGCUGCUGGCUGCCGAGCCUGGUGGUGGCGCGGCUGGUGUUUGUGCCGCUGCUACUGCUGUGUAACGUCCAUCCCCGUCGCUACUUGGCUGUGGUCUUCAAGCAUGAUGCCUGGUACAUCUUCUUCAUGGCCGCCUUCGCCUUCUCCAACGGCUACCUCGCCAGCCUCUGCAUGUGCUUCGGGCCCAAGAAAGUAAAGCCGGCCGAGGCGGAGACCGCGGGAGCCAUCAUGACCUUCUUUUUGAGUCUGGGCCUGGCACUGGGGGCUGUCCUCUCCUUCCUGCUUCGGGCAAUUGUGUGACCAUGGAUGGACAGAAGGACUGC